GUAAUGAGGAUGCCACUCUGCUAACCUUCAUGAGGUUGUAUCAGGAUACGUCAUUUUCUGUGCUUGGAGUUCUUUUUGAUGUGCAUCGCACAACAACAGCCAAUAUAUGCAAGGAAUGUAUUGAAAUUCUAGCAGUAAUACUUAGAACAGCUGUUUUCUGGCCCAGUAGUGAUGCAGUUAGAAGCUGCAUGACCAAGUACUUUGCAAAGUACCCUAACACUCGUGUUGUGCUAGAUUGUACUGAAAUGAAAAUUGAACGGCCUUCUGACUUGCAAUCACGAAUUUUAACCUAUAGCCACUAUAAACAAACGUACACUGCAAAGGUUCUUGUCUGCGAAACCCCAGGGGGGCUGAUCAGCUAUGUACGCCAACCACAUGGAGGGAGGACUUCAGACACCCAUAUCGUCAAAGGGAGCAACGUCCUUGACAUGUGCGAACAAGGCAAGGAUGCUGUCAUGGUUGACAAAGGGUUUCUAAUUGAAUCACUUUGCAAUGAAAAAGGAUGCAUUGAAAUGAUAAGGCCACCUUUUUUGAAGGGGCAGGGUCAGCUUACACAACAGGAGGGAAGAAAAAAUCAGUCAAUCGCACAGGCCAGGGUACAUGUUGAAAGGCUACCACUUAAACUUUUCCCAUAUAUUGAUUCUAUAAUCACCAUUACCACAGGGAUAGCAAACUUAUCAAAGCCACUGUUUAGUGCAGACAAAUUUAUGGAUCAGAGCAUCAUAAAAAAAGCACCUAAGGCACAUACUAUGAGUUUCCAAGUUGUACAAGCCUAG